GUCUGUCCCCGGGGCGGCAAUGCGCUGCAGCUGGAGGCUGUGACCUGAGCGCGGCGGCGCGACUCGGGCUGCGGAAUGGCGGCUCGUUGAGGCGGUGGCGGCUCCGGCUCCUCGGGCGCGACGCGGCGUGGCGGCGGCCAGGGUGAUGCUGCUCAAGCUCUUGCAGAGACAGACCUAUACCUGCCUGUCCCACAGGUAUGGGCUCUACGUCUGUUUCGUGGGCGUCGUUGUCACCAUCGUCUCCGCCUUCCAGUUCGGAGAGGUGGUUCUGGAAUGGAGCCGGGAUCAAUACCACGUUUUGUUUGAUUCUUACAGAGAUAAUAUUGCUGGGAAGUCCUUUCAGAAUCGGCUCUGUCUGCCCAUGCCGAUUGAUGUGGUUUACACCUGGGUAAAUGGCACAGAUCUCGAUCUACUGAAGGAACUGCAGCAAGUCAGAGAACAGAUGGAGGAGGAGCAGAAAGCAAUGAGAGAAAUCCUUGGGAAGAACACAACAGAACCAACUAAGAAGAGUGAGAAGCCGUUGGAGUGUUUGCUGACACACUGCAUUAAGGUGCCAAUGCUUGUUCUGGACCCAGCCCUGCCGGCCAACAUCACACUGAAGGACCUGCCAUCUCUUUAUCCUUCUUUCCAUUCUGCCAGUGACAUGUUCAACAUUGCAAAACCAAAAAAUCCUUCCACUAAUGUCUCAGUUGUUGUUUUCGACAGUACUAAAAAUGUUGAAGAUGCCCACACUGGAAUGUUUAAAGGAAACAGCAAACAGACAGUUUGGAGGGGCUAUUUGACAACAGAUAAAGAGGUCCCUGGGCUAGUGCUAAUGCAAGAUUUGGCUUUCCUGAGUGGAUUUCCACCAACAUUCAAGGAAACAAAUCAACUAAAAACAAAAUUGCCGGAAAAUCUUUCUUCUAAAAUAAAACUGUUGCAGUUGUAUUCAGAGGCCAGUGUAGCACUUCUGAAGUUGAAUAACCCCAAAGAUUUCCAAGAACUGAAUAAGCAGACGAAGAAGAACAUGACUGUCGAUGGAAAGGAACUGACCAUAAGUCCUGCGUAUUUACUGUGGGACCUGAGUGCCAUCAGCCAGUCUAAGCAGGAUGAAGACGUUUCUGCCAGCCGUUUCGAGGAUAAUGAAGAGCUGAGGUACUCACUGCGAUCCAUCGAGAGGCACGCGCCGUGGGUUCGGAAUAUUUUCAUCGUCACCAAUGGGCAGAUCCCAUCCUGGCUGAACCUUGAUAAUCCUCGAGUGACCAUAGUCACGCACCAGGAUGUUUUUCGAAAUCUGAGCCACCUGCCUACCUUCAGUUCCCCUGCUAUCGAAAGUCACAUCCACCGCAUCGAAGGGCUGUCCCAGAAGUUCAUCUACCUGAAUGAUGAUGUCAUGUUUGGAAAGGAUGUCUGGCCGGAUGAUUUUUACAGUCACUCCAAAGGUCAGAAGGUUUAUUUGACAUGGCCUGUGCCAAACUGUGCUGAGGGCUGCCCGGGGUCCUGGAUUAAAGACGGCUAUUGUGACAAGGCUUGCAAUAAUUCCGCCUGUGAUUGGGACGGUGGCGAUUGCUCUGGUAACAGUGGAGGGAGUCGCUACAUCCCAGGAGGCGGGGGCACUGGGAGUAUGGGAGGCGGACAGCCCUGGCAUUUCGGCGGAGGAAUAACUGGCGUCUCUUACUGUAAUCAAGGAUGUGCAAAUUCCUGGCUCGCUGAUAAGUUCUGUGACCAAGCCUGCAAUGUCUUAUCCUGUGGGUUUGAUGCUGGCGACUGUGGGCAAGAUCAUUUUCAUGAAUUGUAUAAAGUAACUCUUCUCCCAAACCAGACUCACUAUGUUAUUCCAAAAGGUGAAUGCCUGCCUUAUUUCAGCUUUGCAGAAAUAGCCAAAAGGGGAAUCGAAGGCGCCUAUAGUGACAACCCCAUAAUUCGACACGCUUCUAUCGCCAACAAGUGGAAAACCAUCCACCUCAUAUUGCACAGCGGCAUGAAUGCAACCACAAUACAUUUUAAUCUCACACUUCAAAGUACAAACGGUGAAGAGUUCAAAAUCCAGCUAGUGGUAGAGGUUGACACAAGGGAGGAGCCCAAACGGAAUUCUACGACCCAGAAGUCUUACCAAGAUUUGGUCAGCCCGACAGUGCUUCUUCCAGAGGUGGAAAUCCCGUUUGAGGAUAUUCCAGAAGAAAAACGCUUCCCCAAGGUCAAGAGACACGAUGCUAACACAACAGGAAAAUUCCAGGUGGAGGUGGAAGUUCCACUGGUCAAUAUUUCACUCCUUCCCAAGGAGGCCCAGCUGAGCCUCAGUAACUUGGAUUUGCAGCUGGAACUCGGAGACAUCACCCUGAAAGGAUACAACCUGUCCAAGUCAGCCCUGCUGAGGCCCUUUCUGAUGAACCCACGUUAUGCAGAGUUGGCAGGAAAUCAGGCUCCUGUGACAGGGCAACGAAAUGACAGUAUGGAGGCCCCAUUGGGAAAACAGGUUCACAGAAGCAUCUACCCGAGCAGCUUAGGAACACCUGAAAGGUCCCAGGGAUCCUUGCCUCUUCCAGCAGUGACCAUGAGGGUGAACGGCCAUUCCCAGAGUCAGACGCCACUGGACUUAGAAACCAAAGCCAGACUCAGGUCCCAAACUCUGACCCAAACAAUGGGAGGGAGGAGUGUGUCCAAAGAAAAGCUCUCAUCUCUGACUGUCAGCUUGGAAAAGAAGGAGACACAAGAAAAGAUAAUCACAGGGAAAGAACAAGAGAAAAACAGACUGGGGGAAAAUACUAACAGUCACCUAGGUGGUGAUGAAGUAUUACCUGGAAGAAAACUGCAGUAUUACACAGACAGUUACCUGGGCUUUUUGCCAUGGGAGAAGAAGAAGUAUUUCCAGGAUCUUCUGGAUGAAGAAGAGUCACUGAAGACACAACUGGCAUACUUCACUGACAGCAAACACACUGGGAGGCACCUAAAAGAUACGUUUGCAGAUUCCCUCCGUUAUGUGAAUAAAAUUCUGAACAGCAAGUUUGGGUUCACGUCUCGCAAAGUCCCCGCACACAUGCCUCACAUGAUUGACCGGAUCGUCAUGCAAGAACUGCAAGAUAUGUUCCCUGAAGAAUUUGACAAGACGUCGUUUCACAAAGUGCGCCAUUCCGAGGACAUGCAGUUUGCCUUCUCUUACUUUUAUUAUCUCAUGAGUGCAGUUCAGCCCUUGAAUAUAUCUCAAGUCUUUGAUGAAGUUGACACAGAUCAAUCUGGUGUCUUAUCUGAUAGAGAAAUACGAACGCUGGCUACCAGAAUUCACGACUUGCCUUUAAGUUUGCAGGAUUUAACAGGUCUGGAGCACAUGUUGAUAAAUUGUUCGAAAAUGCUUCCCGCUAAUAUCACUCAGCUAAACAACAUCCCUCCAACUCAGGAAGCUUACUAUGAUCCCAAUCUGCCACCAGUCACUAAAAGUCUAGUUACCAACUGUAAGCCAGUGACUGAUAAAAUCCACAAAGCAUAUAAGGACAAAAACAAAUAUAGGUUUGAAAUCAUGGGAGAAGAAGAGAUUGCUUUUAAGAUGAUUCGUACCAAUGUUUCUCAUGUGGUUGGCCAAUUGGAUGAUAUAAGGAAAAACCCCAGGAAGUUUGUUUGCCUGAAUGACAACAUUGACCACAAUCAUAAAGAUGCCCAGACAGUGAAGGCUGUUCUCAGGGACUUCUACGAAUCCAUGUUCCCCAUACCAUCCCAGUUUGAGCUGCCAAGGGAGUAUCGGAACCGCUUCCUCCAUAUGCAUGAGCUGCAGGAAUGGAGGGCCUAUCGAGACAGACUGAAGUUCUGGACUCAUUGCGUGUUGGCCACGUUGAUCAUGUUUACGAUAGUCUCAUUUUUUGCUGAACAGUUAAUUGCGCUUAAGCGGAAGAUAUUCCCCCGCAGGAGGAUACACAAGGAAGCUAGUCCUGAUCGAAUCAGGGUAUAAGAAGAUCUUCGUUUGAAAACCUACCUCAGCAUUACUGAGCAUUUAAGACCCGGCAUCACAGAGGUGUCUUCACGAUGUGAAACUUAGCCAUCCUGGCCUGAAGAAGGAGAAACACCCAGCACAAUGCCUGUUUUCCAGAGUGAAUAUAGCCUACGGACCAGGAAUCACUUACCCAACACACAGAAAAUGUGUGUGUUGAGCAGCUCUGGUUUUAGUUUCAAAGCAUUUGCUCGUGGACCUGUCUGUUGUUCUUUAAAUGAAAAGUCGCCGAUGAGGGGCAGCACUGGUUGCUGUGGGAGCUGAGCGGCUAACUAGCGUGAGCGGCCCGGGCCAGCUGGCGCGCUGAGAGGCCCCAGUCUGGUGCAGGCCGAAGCCUUUUGCUCUGGUUUUACAGCGGGGUGUUUUUUACAUUUGUUUCUUUUUUCCAUUUUCCAUUUUUAAAGUAAGUAGCUGACUUAAUUAGCUACCCUUGCUUUUGAAGACAGUGAAUUGGGAUGUCUGAACAUGUUUUUAUACAUCUUAUUUAAAUAAAGCAUCAAUAUCACCUCCUAUUGGCAUAUCUAAAUUAUGGAUUUUACUGACACUCAAGACUCUGUGAUCUUAACGCACUCACCGCUCCUGACGAGCUCAGUGACUGUCAUCGAUUCACUUUAGCCCCUGAAGAAGACUGUGAUUUCAAGUGGAGGCCUGAUUACAAAGGGCUAGAGUCAAGUUGCAGAGCUACUCGCCAGAUGUACUUAUGAUUUGAAGGUGUACAUAUCCAGACAGAAGUGCUGCAUUUUAGAAAUGAGUGGAGCUGAUGGCCCUGGCCUGGGACGUACUCAUCAGUAUAUUCCAGUCUCUGUCUCUCUCAGUCACUUUCAUGUAAUGCAGGGUCAGCAAACCGUUUUCUGUAAAAAAACAAAAACAAAAACAAAAACCCACGUAGUAAAUAUUUGCAGGCCACAUCAUCUAUGUUGCAUAUCCUUGGUUUAGUUUAGUUUUUGUUUUGUAACAAUCCUUUUUAAAAUGUCAAAACCAUGUCUAACUUUGCAGCUGUACAAAAACAGGCCAGCAGCUGGGUUGGGGCCGUCACCUGCUGGCCACUGGCGUAGAGAAUUAGUAUUGUGAUGUGGGGGUUAGCCCUGACGUUCAGCCAUACUUUAUUUAUGUCAUGUACUGUGGAUUUCUGGAGACCAGAGCCAUGAGUCCUUUUUGAACCCUGAUAGUUAUUUUAGAUCAUGAUCUUAACAGUAUUGCUGCAAAAUGGCAUAUAUGUUUUGUAAAAAGAACCUGUAAAUAACCUUGUUUGUGCUGUAAGAGUUACGUAUUUCAAAAAUGGAUGUCACAUAAAGACUUAAAAUUUUUUCUGCUUUGA